AACACUUCCUUUCCUUUUCACCCCUUCCAUCAUGAAGCGACGAUCCUUCUCUGUCCUUCCCCUUUUCACAGCAGGUGUCUGCCUUGCUGUUCUCAUCUUAAUCGCUCCCUCAGAAGCAGUUUCUCAUUCCAAGUACAAGCCAUCCACCAAGGAAGUCAUCCCCAACCGCUACGUUGUAGAAUUCAAUUACGGAGAUUCUCAAUCUGCCACCACCUUUGUUAACUCUGUUAAAAGCAAGUAUAAGAAGGCUAAGGUCCAUGUCGCCGAGCAGUUUGAGCACAAGAUCUUCAGCGGUAUUUCGUUUGGCCUCGAAGGUCUUGAUGAAGAGGACCACAACGCUGCUCUCAAGUCUGUUCUUGAUCAGAAUACCGUCAAGGCAGUCUAUCCUGUCAAUCUCAUUAAGCGUCCCGAUGUUACCUUCAAAUCGGUUCCCGCUAGUACAAAGGCCCCAUCUAUCCUUCCCCACGCAAUGACUCAAGUCGACCGUGUUCAUUCUGAACUCAAGAAGUUUGGUAAAGGCGUCAAGGUUGGUGUCGUUGAUACUGGUGUCGAUUAUCUUCACCCUGCUCUUGGAGGAGGUUUCGGAGAGGGUUUUAAGGUCCAAUACGGAUACGAUCUUGUUGGCAACGCCUACACUGGUUACAACACUCCUGUUCCUGACUCUGAUCCUAUUGACAGCUGCACAGCUGAGUCUGGUGCAAGUGGUCAUGGAACUCACGUUAGCGGUAUUAUUGCUGGUUACGAUGCCCAAACAAAUUUCACUGGUGUUGCUCCUCAAGCUACCCUUGGUAUGUGGCGUGUAUUCGGCUGCACUGGAAGCACUGGCGGUGAUGUCCUUGUCAAGGCUUUCUUGAUGGCCUAUGAUGCUGGCAUGGAUGUGAUUUCUGUAUCCAUUGGUGAGGCAAGCGCUUGGACUGAUGGUCCUGAUACCAUUGUUGCCCAACGUAUUGCUGAAGAUGGAAUUCCAUUUAUCGUUUCUGCCAGUAAUUCUGGUGCAGAUGGAGCCUUUACUGUUGGUAUGCCCAGUACUGCUAAGGAUGUCUGGUCUGUUGCUUCUGUUGAUAACAACUACUACCUGGUUGACUUAUUCAAAGCCAGCACUAUCGCUGAUAAGAUCCCCUACUUGACCUCCUCGUCUUCCAAGAUCCCCGAUGGUACAAUUGCUGCCGGUGACAAGAAUGUCGGGAGUGGUAGUGAUGCUUGCUCUACUGCUACUAUUCCUGAUCUCACCGGAAAGAUUGCUAUCGUUCAACGUGGUUCCUGCACCUUCGACGACAAAGCUACCAACGUCGCCAAGGCUGGCGCCAUUGGUCUUAUUGUUUACAACAGCGCUAAUGGUGAUUCUUUCACUCCCUCCAACCCCACUUCUCCUAUUCCCGUCGCUGGUAUCUCGACUGCUGAUGGUCUCGCCCUUUUGGAUGCCAUUAAGGCCGGAACUACAACAUUGAAGUUUGACACUGCCCAAUCUCUGUACCCUUUGAUUAGUGGAAAUACAGUCUCUGAUUUCUCUAGCGUUGGUGCUUCUUAUGAGCUCGACCUUAAGCCUAAUGUUGCUGGUAUUGGUGGUCAGGUUUUCUCUACUCUUCCUCGCUUCCUCGGUAGCUGGGGUAUGAUGUCUGGAACAUCCAUGGCUGCACCCUACGUUUCUGGUUCCGUUGCUUUGUUCAUUGAAGCUAGAGGUCUCAAGAAGAAGAAUCAGGUUAUAUCCGAGCAAUUCAAGAACUACGCUCUUCAGCUUGCCAACACCCAGGUCAAGACUUCCACCGAGAACCCUCUUCUUCAGGGUGCCGGUCUUGUCCAGGUCUACGAUGCCAUUUCUGCCAAAGUCCGUAUUUCUCCUACUCAACUCAGCUUUAACGAUACCUCCUCUACCAAAUACAAGACCCAAACUUUGAGCAUCUACAACUCUGGAAAGGUUCGCACUACCUUCAAGAUUAUUAAUGAGCCUUCCAUUGCUGUUGCUCCUUACGAUCGUGCCGCCCAAGGCUACGCUCCCCUCGCUCCUACCGGCUUUUCUAGUGCCAAGGCAAAGCUCGUUUUCUCCAAGACAUCCAUUACUCUCAACGCUGGCGAGAAGAAGACUAUCCGCGUCACCGUUGUUCCUCCCAAUACUGACCCCAAGGACCACAUCAUGUAUGGUGGUUUCAUUCACUUCAAGUCUGGCAACCAAAAGGCUGCUAUUGAUGCCACUGUUCCUUACUUUGGUGUUGUUGGCAAGCAAAUUGAACUUCCUAUCUUUGAUGCCGAAACUCCUUACCUUUCUGACCCCACUGGUGGCCCAGUUUAUCUCAAGAACGAGACAUACACCUACGAUCGCACCAAGUCUUCCACUGCCCCCACAAUUGUAUACCGCCUCCUCACCCCUACUGCCAAAUUUGAUGUUGACGUCUUGAAUGCCAAGACCAAGAAGUCGAUCGGAAAGACUUUUACUGACUAUGUCUAUCUUUCUCGUAACACCUUUGAGGCAGACAACUACAUCUCUGGUGCGGUCUGGGAUGCCACCUACGUUCCUACAGGCUUCUCUGAUAUCUCCUCUGGAAUCCCUGUUCCUUCCGGAAACUACAUCCUCAACUUGAGAGCUCUUAAGCUCUUUGGUAACCCCAAGAACUCCAAAGACUGGGAGACUUUCCAGACUGGAACUAUCGUUGUAAAAAACUAAUUUAAUAGCAUAAUAUGCACACAAUAAUAUAUACAUUUAAUACUUUGUAUAAUUCUUUAUUUCACAUUAAUCAUUAAAUCUUAAGCUGCGAGUUCAGUUUAAUUUGAAUUGAAUUGCACUUUUUAUUAUUAUACC